UAUAUAUUUACUGCCUCUCUUCUGCUGCUCCUGAGUCCUGUCACGCUUAAGUCUUGAGUCUUGACCACCAAGGAAGAAGAAGAAGAGAAACUUAGCGAAGAAGGCUGCUGCUCCUGUACCGCGUUAAUUUCAGGCUGCUCUUCGAUCUCUCUUCUGGUCUAGUGUACUGCGUACCGAUCGACCACUUCCAAGAUCAUAGUAAUGGGGCGCGGGAAGGUGGAGAUGAAGAGGAUCGACAACGACGCGAGCCGAGGGGUGACCUUCAGCAAGCUGCGCGCCGGGUUGCUCAAGAAGGCGCACGAGCUCGCCGUGCUCUGCGACGCGCACCUCGGCGUCAUCGUCUUCUCCAGCAACGGCAAGCUCUUCGACUACUGCAGCCCCCAUACCAGCUGGAGCGAGCUAAUUCAGCGUUACGAGAGCAGCAGCACCAGCAGCUCCACCAGCGACAUCCAACUCCAGCAAAUCCCCGCGGAGAUCGAAAGACUGAGGCAAGAGCGUGACCAUCUCGAGGCCAGCCUGAGGAGGCUGACCGGAGAAGAUCUGUCAUCUUUGGCAACGGAUGAGGAGCUCGACGAUCUUGAGCAGCAGCUCCAGUCGGUCCUCGGCAAAGUUCGUCAAAGGGAAGAUGAGCUACUGACCGAGCAGCUGGACGAAACGCGUCAGAAGGUGCAGAUCUUGGAGGACCAGAACAGCUUCCUGCGCCACAUGAUGAACGAAGACAUGCAGCCUCAACAUGCUGCGCUGGAGGCGCCGGCGGUGAUGGCGCCGCCGACGCUGUUCGGGGGCUUCUUCCCGGAGGAGGAGGCGGCGUUGACGUCUCUGCAGCUGUGGCCGGAGCUGACGCAGCCCAGCUCCCUGCAUGACUACUGACCACGCCCUGCCUCUGUGGCAAUUAAUUAAGUUUGAUGAGGAGGAUUACUAUUAGUCAGAUGGUAGACUGACGGCAGAAAGUUGAAGUAGAUCGAUGCCAAGAAUUUGUCACCACUAAAUUAAUCAUACUAGUACUACUUACAUAGCCAGGCUCUGUUUUGCAACAGAUCGUUGAUGGUUCCCGUACGAUGGGUUCUUAUGAAUUUACUGACGUGAAAGAAUUUAUCGACAUGUGCAUUAAUUCAGCACUGUUUGGGUAUCGAAUUAGCCGGUGAACUGUUGUAUAGUUUGGGCCGUGAUCGAACGUUUGUACAUUUAUCAGAUGGAGCUCGAUAGGAAUAUCCAGUGAGCUAGAUUUAGAGCUGCAUGAGCCAUUUAUGCCAAAUUAGCAUUUUUUCUUCUUCAAAUUAGUCUAACUAGGAGCUAUCCCUCCUAUCCAUUACAACUAAUAAGUGUCGCUGAUUUAGUACGACACUUAUUAUGGA